ACCGCCCAGCUCGCGCUCGGUGGGGCUGCGCGCAGCGCCUGGCGGAGCCCUAGCUAUAAUGUAAUUUCAGAUUGGACAAGUGGCGGGAUCAUGAUGCGCAGCGGAGAUCAAGAAUCAAAAAGCUACUAUGUGGGUGUGGACGUUGGGACAGGCAGUGUCCGUGCAGCUCUGGUGGAUCAGAAGGGCGUCCUUGUGGCCUUUGCAGAGCAGCCCACUAAGAAGUGGGAGCCUCAAUUCAACCACCAUGAGCAGUCUUCCGAGGACAUCUGGGCUGCCUGCUGCGUUGUCACGAAGAAAAUUGUACAAGGGAUCGAUUUAAAUCAAGUUCGAGGUCUUGGGUUUGAUGCCACAUGUUCUCUGGUGGUUUUGGAUAAACAGUUUCGUCCUUUACCAGUAAACCAUGAAGGAGAUUCCCGUCGAAACAUCAUCAUGUGGCUGGACCACCGAGCUGUCAGCCAAGUGCAAAGGAUCAAUGAAACCAAGCACUGCGUCCUGCAGUACGUCGGAGGGGUGAUGUCUGUGGAGAUGCAGGCCCCGAAGCUUCUGUGGCUGAAAGAGAACUUGAGAGAGUCUUGCUGGGAUAAGGCGGGACAUUUCUUUGAUCUCCCAGACUUCUUAUCAUGGAAGGCAACAGGUGUCACAUCACGGUCUCUCUGCUCACUGGUGUGCAAAUGGACAUACUCUGCAGAGAAAGGCUGGGAUGACAGCUUCUGGAAGAUGAUUGGCUUGGAAGACUUUGUUGCAGAUAAUUACAGCAAAAUAGGAAACCAAGUGCUGCCUCCUGGAGCUUCCCUUGGAAAUGGGCUUACACCAGAGGCAGCGAAAGACCUUGGCCUCCCUGCUGGAAUUGCAGUGUCUGCCUCCCUUAUUGAUGCCCAUGCAGGAGGACUAGGAGUGAUUGGAGCAGAUGUGAGGGGGCACGGCCUUGCCUGUGAGGGACAGCCAGUGACGUCACGGCUGGCUGUCAUCUGUGGAACAUCUUCUUGUCAUAUGGCGAUCAACAAGAACCCAAUUUUUGUCCCAGGCGUCUGGGGCCCUUAUUUCUCAGCCAUGGUCCCUGGGUUCUGGCUGAGUGAAGGUGGUCAGAGCGUUACUGGAAAACUGAUAGACCAUGUGGUGCAGGGCCAUGCUGCCUUCCCUGAACUACAAGCCAAAGCCACAGCCAGAUGCCAGAGUGUAUAUGCAUAUUUGAACAGUCACCUGGAUCUGAUUAAGAAGGCUCAGCCUGUGGGUUUCCUCACUGUUGAUUUACAUGUUUGGCCAGAUUUCCAUGGCAACCGGUCUCCCUUAGCAGAUCUGACACUAAAGGGCAUGGUUACGGGAUUGAAACUGUCUCAGGACCUAGAUGAUCUUGCCAUUCUCUACCUGGCCACAGUGCAAGCCAUUUCUUUUGGGACCCGCCUCAUUGUAGAGGCCAUGGAGGCAGCAGGACACUCGAUCAGCACUCUUUUCCUAUGCGGAGGCCUCAGCAAGAACCCCCUCUUUGUGCAAAUGCAUGCGGACAUCACUGGCAUGCCUGUGGUCCUGUCGCAAGAGGUGGAGUCUGUUCUCCUGGGUGCUGCUAUUCUGGGUGCCUGUGCUUCGGGGGAUUUCUCCUCUGUACAGGAGGCAAUGGCAAGAAUGAGCAAAGUUGGGAAAGUUGUAUUUCCCAGACUUGAGGAUAAAAGAUACUAUGACAAGAAAUACCAAGUGUUCCUGAAGCUGGUUGAACAUCAGAAGGAAUAUGCAGCCAUCAUGAAAGGUGACUGAACAGUGCUAGAAGGUUCUGGGUCAUUGCCCCAAGGACUUUGUCAUUUCAUCUUAUAUUCAAGACAUUCCUGUAUUGUCUUUUAAUAAAGGAAACCAAGACAUAUUCAGCCAGAAAUAGAGUCUUCCAUUUCACAAGACCAAUCUUAGUUUGGUGGAUUUGUGGAACACGAUCAUGGAGACAGAAAUUUCGCAGAGGCCAUGGGCUCUCCUAUGGGACUAAACCUUGGGCUGAUUCAAGAUCACAUGGGAUGAUGCAUGGGAAAUUUGAUCAUUAAUUCAAUUUCAGCC